UUUCCUAUAUUAAGGGACUUUCCCAGUGUUGCAACUCAGUAUUGACAAACGUGACUUGCAAAAUAUAUUUUGUUGCAAUGUCGUCUUACGUAUUUACAGAGAAUGAAAUAGAAGUUCUUCGCAAGCUUCUGCUAACGUGGUAUGCAGGUAAUAAACGAGAUCUACCAUGGCGACGCAUGGCAGAUAGUUGCACUACAUUAUCACAACAUGCAUAUGCAGUAUGGGUGUCGGAAGUUAUGCUACAACAAACCAGGGUGGCGACCGUGGUCGAGUAUUAUAACAGGUGGAUGCAAAAAUGGCCGGACAUUCAAAGUCUUUCCAACAGUACAGAGGAAGAAGUGAAUGAACUAUGGUCUGGGUUGGGAUAUUAUUCUCGUGGUAGAAGAAUGAGACAAGCAGCGAUCAAACUUGUUGGAGAGUAUGACGGGAAGUUUCCGGAAACUUCUGUGGAUUUGUUGAAAACAAUGCCUGGUGUUGGAAGGUACACAGCAUCAGCCAUUGCUUCAAUGGCAUUCAAGGAGGUUACCGGGGUAGUUGAUGGGAAUGUUGGUUCGGGGUGUUGUGUCGGCUUUCGAGCUAUUGGUGGUAACACAACAAAUAAAACUGUGAUCUCGCAUUUGUGGGAGCUUGCUAACAACAUUGUUGACCCUGCCUUCCCAGGAGAUUUUAACCAGGCGAUGAUGGAGUUAGGCGCAACUGUAUGUUUACCACUGAAUCCCAAAUGUUCUUCAUGUCCCGUUCAAUCUUUAUGUCAAGCAAAGGCUCAGGUCAAGAAAGCCUCAAUGGAAAACAAACAGGCCUGUUUAUUCAACAACUCUUAUAGUUCUGAAACUAAAACUAAAGAUGUUAAAGUUAAAUUGGAAAACAAGAUGGCUGCCGUGGUUGAUAUUGAGAGCUGUGAAGAUGUUUUAGCUUUGUCUGUAUCAGAACCUUGGCUGUUUGAGCUUGGAGUUACAAAUUAUCCAAGAAAACCAAAGAAAAAAGAACCAAGAGAAGAAAAACGGGCUGUAGUAGUUAUUCAAUUGAUUUUAACCAAGAAUGAAAAUAAACCUGGUGAUUGUGGAAGUGAUUUGGAUGACUCCAAAUGGUUGUUGGUUCAACGACCUAGUAAAGGACUUUUGGCAGGGUUAUGGGAUUUCCCUCAUAAACUAUUGACUGAAAAAUCUGAUUCUAAAAAGAAAAAUUGCAAGAAGAGAAAAAGGAUCAAAACUGUGUCCCAACAUGAUAAUGACAUGAAGUUAUUUUCAGAAGAACUUAUCAGUUUGUUUGACCAAGAUAGUUUAGAAAUUUCAAACCGCAAUCACAUUGGAGAAUUAGUUCACAUAUUCUCGCAUAUUAAACAAACCAAUUAUGUUGAGCAUAUACAGAUAUGUUAUAAUGAUACAAGCAACAUAACACCUCAAGUAAACUUGCCCAACCAAUACAAAUGGAUGUGCAGCAAGGAGUUCAAUGAAUGCGGCACUUCUAGCGCUGUCAGGAAAAUGUUUGCUUUGUGUUCUGACCGCACAAAACAUGAAGAGCCGAAACGCGGGAAAAAGAAAAAAUGCAAAACUGACUCAGUUAUAUCUGAUUACUUUAAGAAAAAAGUUUAAUUGAACUUUUAGAAUCUUCUUGUAAUAUUUUAUUCUGUAUGAAUGAGGUCCUUGUUGAGGAUCUGAAAUUAGACUCAAUUCAGCUUAUUUUUUACCUCAAUAUCCAGGUCUUUUAUUAGCUUUUAUAUGAUAAUUGACAAAUAUCAUUUGUACAAUAUUCAUUGAUUUCAUGCCUAUGUACAAAUCAUGUUCUACAGUGGUUUAAAACAAAAUUAAUCACCUUUUGCAUUUGUUUACUUUAGUUUACGAAUAAUCUUGCCAAGCUAACUUUUUCUACAGUGCGUUUCAUGUAAAUCUUUUGAUUAUAUUUUCA